AUGUCUAAACCUCGGCUGACGCGCUCUCAAGCCUCGUCUUCACCCAGAAAGCCAUCCUUGACGUCAGCAAAGCAAAAGCGCAAGUUGCAUGAAACCAGAGAUAUUAACGAGGAGCCUGAAACUUCUCAAGAAAGCGAUGCCCAUGUUUCUUCUGGCGCUCUGGAGUUUGAAGAUAUUAGUGACGAGGACGACGUGAAAUCACUGCACAGCGACGCGCUCGACAAUGAAUCCGAUUCUGAUCUGAAGAAAGCGCGUACACUAAAGCGAAAACGCGGAUCCCUGCCAAAGCAAAAGGAAACAAGCAAGAGAACUACGCACAAAAUAUCAUCUAAGAAGAAGAAGACUAAAACUAAGACGACCUCGAGUGACGAAGACGAAGGACGGGGAACUAGUAACGAAGAAGAGUCUGGUCUCAAAGAUGGACAAGAAAUUGUUGGUGUCGUUGUACGGGCUCCUAAAUCUGGCUGGGUGCCUGAAGGACAAAUCUCGCAGAACACUCUCGAUUUCCUAACACAACUCAAAGAUCCUGUGUGCAAUGAUCGCGAGUGCGACUUUAACUCCUCAGAACCCGUCUAUCGCCGAGCUGAAAAGGAAUGGAAAGCUUUCAUUGAUGCAUUUACAGAAGUGCUCAUACAAGUUGACCCACAAAUACCUCCUCUACCUCCAAAGGAUGUCACUCACCGAAUAUACCGUGAUGUUCGGUUUAGUAAUGACAAAACACCCUAUAAGAAGGGUUUCUCUGCUAGUUUCUCAAGAAGUGGACGGAAAGGUAUAUUUGCACCACGUGUCGGUAUUCUCUCCGCCAUACUGCAGAGUCAUACUAAUUUCCUCAUUUAUGCUUGUAGACUGAUCAAACCAGGAGAUGAGAGCCUCCUUGCAGCGGGUUCAUGGUGCCCGGGCAAAAACGAAUUAUCGACAAUUAGAAAUCACAUUUUACACUCUUCCGCUCGUCUGCGGGAGAUACUCGCCGAACCUGCUUUUGUUGAACUCUUUGGCAAGGCGUCUCCUCUUCCGAAUGGAGGACGACAAAGCAUUUUUGGAAUGGAAGAUGAGCUCAAAGUUGCACCGAAAGGCAUAGAUAAAAAUCAUAAAGACAUCGAUCUGCUUAAAUGCCGUACAUUCGCGGUGUCGUAUAAGUUCACCGAUAAACAAGUAUUAGCGCCUGAUUUCAAGGAGGAAGUGGGCAGGAUUGCAAGUGUAGUACAACCUUUCGUGCAUUGUCUGAAUGAUAUGAUGACCCUUCCCGUUAGUGAUAGUUCGGAUGGAGAAGAAGACAGAGACAAUAGUGAUGAUGAAGCACUUUAG